AUGGCCGGGUACAACCCUCUGAACCCGUACGGGCUCUCGGGCGGCGGCGGCGUCGGCGCGCGGCCGACGUCCGCCGCGCGCGGCGGCGGCGGCGGCGGCGGCGGUCGACCCGCGGACGACGAAGCGCUCGCCGCCGCGGACGAAUUGCUCGCGCGAUACUCCGCUCGACCCGGGACCGCGUCGCGUCCGUCGUCCGGCGGCGCGCGGCCGUCCACCGCGGGCGGCCGCCGCGCCGCGGCGCCGCCGCCCGCGACGACGCGCGUCGCGAUGAACCGCUUCUCCGUCGACGACAGCCUCGACGGCAGCCUCGACGACGGCGUCGAGAUCUCGUUCGAUCACAGCCCAAGCCCGCGCGAUCGCAGCGGUCGCGACGACGACGGCGUUUUCGCGUCGGACGACGGGUCGUUCGUCGUGGACGACGACGACAGCACGGACGCGUCCAUCGACUUCUACGACGGCGACGCCGGCGUCGUGAACACGUCGCGACCGCAGACCGCGCGGCCGGGGUCGUCGCGCGGCGGCGGCGCGGGGACGGGGACGGGGACGGGGACGGGGACGGGGCCGCCGCCGCCGCCGCGCCUCUCGGACGACGACCGCGCGGACUCGUUCGAGUUCUCGCGGUCCUUCGCCUCCUUCGCGGACGACGACGACGACGACCCUCCGUCCAUCGCGUUCCACGACGCGGACGCCUUCCCCGCGAGCGCUCCGGCGGCGCCGGCGGCGCCGGCGGCGACGCGCCGACCGGGCACCGCGGCGGGCGGCGCGAGGCCGGCGAGCGCGAAGGGACGCCCGAGGAGCGCGCCGAGAGCCGACUUCGUGCGAUCGGCGUCGCCGCCGCGCGCCGCCGCCACCGCCGCGACGGCGGCGCCGUGGGCGGGCGCGUUCGAGUCCGAUUCCGUCGACGGCGGAUUCGACGCGCGCGGCGACUCGGUGGCGUACGAGAACGAGUCGUUCGAGCGCGUUAGCGACGACGACGACGACGACGACGACGACGACGACGACGCGGAACGCUCGCGAGACUCGCGUCGUUCGCGACGGUCGUCCGGGGGAAGCCUCCGCGAAGAGACCCCCCGCGGCGGCCCCCCCGCGGCGGCUCGACACGGUCGCGAAGAGAGCAUGGACGCCGGCGACGCGACGGAGGCGUUGCACGCGAUGCUCUCGCGGAACGACCCGCUCAGCGCGAUGCGCGCGGAGAGAGCGAAGGCGUCGGAGGAGAGACCCGCGUCGCCGUCCCCCGCGAAGGACGACGCGGAGGACGCGACGGAGGCUCUGCACGCGAUGCUGUCCGCGAACGACCCCGUCGCGACCCUCCGCGCGCGGCUGGCGAGGUCGCGGUCGGGGUCCCCCGCCGAGGGAGGCGGCGCGCGGCUGAGCAUCUACGACGACGACGACGACGACGGGAGGUCCGUCUCCUCCGCGUCGUCCGAGGUCGCGUCCGACGACGGCGGUUACCGAGCAUCCUCGCCGAUGAACGUCUCCGUCGCCGCGUCCGAGGUCCCGACCGAGGGCGCGCCGUCGCCGUCGCCGAGGAGGGACGACCGCGGGAAUCAAAUAGCGCUCAGCGCGCUUUCGCCCGACGCGUCCCCGCGUCGCGCGCGAGAGCCCGAGCGCGCCGCCGCGAGACGACGCCGCGACGACGAGCGACGAGAGGGGGAACGACGACGACAGCGGCGGCUGGGGAACAGCGCGGAGGACGAGCGCGACGCGCGGACGCUGCUCGAGAGCGUCCGCGCGAUGCGCGCGGGGGAGCCGCCGUCGGAGGACGCCGCGAGCUUGUUGGCGUCGCUCAUGCGACGCGCGGGGAUGGGAGGGGAGGGCGGCGGCGGCGCGGCGGGGAUGAAGCCGUUCGCGUACGCGCCCCGGGCGGGAGUCAUGGGCGGCGGCGGCGCAGGAGACGGAGGCGAGGAGAAACAAAGAGAGACGACGACGACGACGCCGUCGUUGGCGUCGUUGCGGCUGCCCGUCCGCGAGCCGCCGCCGUCGGACGACGCCGAAACCCGACGGCGCGAGAGGGAGCGCGAGAAGGGGUGGGCGAAGUAUCUCUCCGGGCGCGGCGAGUACCCGGGGAGCGGGAACGGCGAGCCUCGAGGCGGGCACGGCGGCGUCGACGUCGACGACGAGGCGACCGCGUGGGGCGACGACGGCCACGGCGGAGGCGGAGGCGGGUCCGGAUUCGGGCUCGGGCUCGGGCUCGCGGGUUCGUCGCGCGUCGCGGGCCCUCCGGAGCUCCCCCCCGACGUCGCGUGGGCGGCGGCGGCGCAGAUGCAGAGCGUGGACGGACUGCUCCGUGCGCAGGUGGCGGCGAUGCGGAUCCGCCUGCGCACGAGCGUGAGGCGCGCGGAGGCGAUGCGCAUCACGAGCCACUUCCCGCGAGAGCAGAAGCAGCGUCGGUGA